AUGGGUAAGAAGACAAAGCACAGUCUAUUGCUUUUGCUGUAUUUUUCUGGACUUGUUCACUCUUCAGUCGCUAUAGCUUUUUGGACUGCUUUGGUGCAAAUCAAAUACUUAAACAGCCUCAACCAGACGGUGAUCCAAGAAUGUGAGUGUGGACAGUUUGGCCGCAACUCUCCGCUUGCUCAAGCCGGAGGUGUUGUCAUUCUUCCUAACAAAUACCCCGAUGGCUGCAAGCCGGAUCCCGUGUACAAUGGUACUGAGUUACCCUGGAUAGCGCUCGCUCAAAGGGGAAACUGUUCUUUCAGCGAGAAAAUUAAUGCCGCCAAACGUCAAGGAGCGAUGGCCGUGGUGGUGUUCGAUGACGAUGGAAGUGGCAACCGCACCAUUACCAUGAAGCAUGAAGAGGCACUGGAAAUUGUGGCUAUCAUGAUUGGCAACAUUCAAGGCACGGAGAUUGCCGGCUUGGUAAAAAACGGUACGGAAGUGCAGAUGUUCAUUGAUGCAGGCAAUCCUCACGGCCCCUGGAUGGAUACCUACUGGCUUUACUUCAUGUCCAUUGCCUUCUUCAUCGUAACGGCAGCAUCUGUGGCCUACUUCUUGUUUAUUUCGGCCAACCGCCUCUACAACAUGCGCAUGCACCGACGUGCUGAGAGGAGGCUGAAAUCCGAGGCCAAGAAGGCCAUCGGCCAUCUGCAAACGCGCACUCUCAAGCGAGACGACAAAGAGACGACUGGUGACGAGGCUUACAUGUGUGCCGUAUGCAUCGAGUCAUACAAAGCGGGCGAGGUGGUAACGGUGCUCACGUGCGACCACAUUUUCCAUAAAGCCUGCAUCGAGCCGUGGCUGCUUGAGAAAAGGACAUGCCCCAUGUGCAAAUGCGACAUUCUCAAGGCUCUAGGAGUUGAGGUGGAGAAGAAGAGCCUGUCCCAAGCUUCUCCACAAGAGGUCAGCAUCAUCACAGUGGCAGGUGGGGAAGCCAUGUACGAGGUCCCUCUCACCGAUCCUCUGAACUCUGACCCCGAGAGACAACAGAAUCACUAUGACAACAGGGCUUUUGAGGAGGAGACUGCAAGAAGACAGUGA